AUGUUCCUCAACCCUCAAGACCUCGAGGCCGAGGUCGCACAGCUCGAAUCGCGUCUCGAAGAUGCACGCGCCCAAUUAGCAGCCUCCGAAUGCCCCAGCCCACCACCAUCUUACCCCAAUAGCUGGUCAAUUAAAGGUGAGAAAUACUGCCCAAGAUACAGGGUGACCUCUGCUAACGCUCCUCGCCCAACAGAAACAUAUAACAAGCCGAAUAAGAGCAACCUCAACACAACCCGCUCCUCAUUGCAUGCCCUCCUCCUACUCUCCGACUCCGCUCUCCCACUAGGCUCGUUCGCCUACUCCAGCGGACUUGAAUCCUACCUCGCACACAAUAAGCCAUCCCGCAACUCCCCCUCCUCAACCUUCCACCGCUUCCUCAAACUCUCCAUCGCCUCUUUGGCCAGCACAUCUCUCCCCUACGUACUAGCAGGAUACCGGGAGCCCGAGACCCUCGAAACACUAGACAACGACCUGGACGCCUCAACACCCUGCAUUGUCGGCCAGCGCGCCAGUAUCGCGCAGGGCCGCGCAUUGAUUGGCGUGUGGGAACGGGCAUUCCGCAGCUCCUUCGCGAGCGAGAACCCCAACGACCCCGCGGUCGUCGCCAUUGAUGAAUUAUCCGAUGCGUUGAAGUCGUCCAUGGACGAUGACGAGCUCGGUCCCAAGGGCCACUUUGCCCCGCUUUGGGGCACGGUUUGCCGCGCUAUGGGGUUGGAUCUGCAGCAGACAGCGUACGUCUUCGUGGUCAACCAUGCCAAGGCAGUCUUGAGUGCCGCGGUGCGCGCGAGUGUGAUGGGGCCGUACCAGGCGCAAAAUGUCCUUGCAAGUCAGAGCUUGCAGGAUACUAUUAUGAAGCGGAUUGGGAGGGAGUGGAAUACGCCUGUUGAGCAGGCGGGUCAGGUGGUGCCGGCGCUGGAUUUGUGGAUUGGGAGGCACGAACUGUUGUAUAGUAGAAUCUUCAACUCUUGA